UCAACCAUAAGCGUAGGAGGUAGAGAGAUUUGUGAGAGGGAGAAAGAUGCAGAGCAGCAGUGUGUACGGUAUUGGCAGUAGAGUGAGUGGCAUCACUAGAAUACUUCAACCUAAUCCCAAAUCUAAUCGAACAACUAAUACUAAUCAAACAAUCAUUUCAUGCUCUAAAAUUGCUUCUACUUCUACUUCUUGUUCGAUUCUCAAAUCAACAGAUUCCAAAUUGCUACUUCCUACUAAAUAUCCCUUCCUUUUCUCGUCUUCUUCAACCAAGUACCCCCCAACAAACCCAAAUUCAUUGUCUUUUUGUCCUCCCAAAUCAUCAGAUUCAUCAAUUACAGCAACCGCAGAUGGAGAUCAUGGUCGAAGCUUUCGGGGUUGGGUUGAAUUGUUGGCUGAAGUUUUAUCUACAGCAUUCCCGGUAUGGGUUGCAUUAGGUUGUCUUCUCGGUCUUCUCAAACCAACUUCCUUCAAUUGGGUUACUCCCAAAAUCACGCAAAUUGGUUUGCCCUUAACUAUGCUUGGUAUGGGGAUGACCCUCACUUUUGAUGAUCUUCGUGGAGCUCUUUCAAUGCCCAAGGAAGUUCUCUGUGGAUUCUUUCUUCAGUACUCGAUAAUGCCAUUGUCUGCGUUCCUUGUAAGCAAGCUCUUAAACCUGCCAUCAUAUUAUGCAGCUGGGUUGAUUUUGGUUGGCUGCUGUCCUGGAGGAACUGCAAGUAAUAUUGUUACAUACAUAGCUAGAGGAAAUGUGGCUCUUUCGGUCCUAAUGACAGCAGCAAGCACCAUCUCCGCAGUGGUAAUGACCCCCUUGCUGACAGCUAAACUUGCUGGACAAUAUGUUGCAGUGGAUGCAGCUGGACUACUAAUGUCAACUUUGCAGGUAGUUCUUCUCCCUGUAUUGCUUGGUGCUCUGUUAAAUCAGUACUGCCAAAGUUUCGUUAAGACGGUUUCCCCUGUAAUGCCACCGAUCGCUGUGGCAACUGUAGCUGUUUUAUGUGGUAACGCAAUAGCCCAGAAUGCUUCUGCAAUUCUGUCAUCAGGCCGACAAGUUGUACUUGCUGCCUGUCUCCUUCAUGCAUGCGGAUUUUUCUUUGGUUAUGUACUUGCAAGGCUGUGUAAGGUUGACGUCUCAUCUGCUCGUACCAUCUCUAUCGAAGUCGGAAUGCAGAAUUCGGUGCUGGGAGUAGUUCUUGCAGGUCAACAUUUUGGAAAUCCGUUGACUGCAGUACCAUGCGCAGUUUCAAGUGUCUGCCAUUCGAUUUUUGGUAGUGUUUUGGCUGGAAUUUGGAGAUGCACUACUCCUACUACAGCAGAUGCAUUGGCCGAUAUGAAACAAGAUUAAGAGUAGGAGUGUUCUAACAAGAGAUACACUAUCAACGAAACAACUACAGAAACUCUGCAUAAAUCUGCUGUUUCAGUUUUGUACUUCUUUGGGUACCCAAGGUGGAUGGUUUGGUUGGUUUCUGCUGGAAAGCUUGCAGCACGCUCUCAAACAUAAGAGUUUGAGGCCUGGUAGAUAGAAUUAGAACUAUCUGCAACUUUCUGAAAAGCAGCUAGGAUCAGCUAUGCUUGUUUUUACUCUUCCUAUUUGAAUUAGUAGGAAAGACCUAAUUGUAUCAAGAUCCAACUUGAUGUGGAAAUGAAGGACCAUUAAUCUCAUUUAAUCACUUCUCCAAGGGGUAUUAAUUCUCGAAA